GUGCAAUGCCUAACAGAUUCGCUGCGAUCAUUCAUGGGCCAUCGCCUUUGCUCCAUGGCAUCAAGCCAUGGCAGAUGAAGCAGCGCAGCUGAAAGAGAAGGGCAACCAGGAAGUCAAGGCCCAAAAUUUGAGGCGCGCCAUGGAGCUUUACUCCGAGGCCAUCGAAAUCCUGGAUGCAGGUCAGUCCCCUCGCCUUCUGGCCGAGCUCUUGGGGAACCGUUGCCUGUGUCAGAUGCGCCUGAAGAGGUACCAGGAGGCCCUUAGCGACGCUCAGCGGGCGGUGCAAGUGGAUGCCAGCUAUACAAAGGGCUUCUACCGCCUGGCAAUCUGCCAAAAGGGCCAAUCGCAAAGCUUGCCAUCAGAUGAUUGGCGUUCUAUGGUGAAGAAACUGGACGAGGAGUGGGGCUUGAUCUGCUACAAGCAAGCACCUUCUGCUGUAGACCCAAAGCGAGAAGGAGUUCUGCGUGAGGCAGACCUCUUGCGCUUGCUCAGAUCCAUUCGCCCAUCAGUGGGGGAGGAUGAGGAAGAGGACGACGAAGACGACGUGCAACGCGCCCUGCGUCAACUGCUCACCCGCAUUGCGGGACCGUCGGCAUUGGUUUGCACGAAGACAGAGAUCCGAGAAUUCCUGCGUGGACUGCACGGGGUUGUGGCCGAAGAUAAGGACUUAGCUUCCUUGCGCAUCGCCGAGGACAUCGUGAAGCGAAAGAGCUCCAGCACGCCCUCCAUCGACGUCAUCCGCAAAAUCACCAGCGCCAGCAGCGUUGGCCUCUCCGCCACGUCCCAUCGAUCGACCUCCAAAAAAUCCGCGGAGGCCAAGAUGGAAGAUGGCCGCAUGAGGCAUCCAGUCAUCGAGGAGGAGGGGACACCUGCCUCCAAGGCCACGAUGUCGCCGGCGAGAUCGCGAGAUGAGGCCUUCUCCGCCUACUCCAUGAGUCCCAGUUCCAGAGAGCCACGGAGCCCCAUCAAGGUGAUCCGACGGGAGGUGCAGCACAGCGCCGCGCCGCCGGACGACACCGAGGCGACAACGGAUGCGCCGCCGCCAAAGAUCGAGGGCGCGCCCACGGAAGAAGGAAGUCCCGUGCAGGGCCUUCAGGCCUAUCGUUCCACGCUGAAGCCUUUGGCGGACCUCAGUGCUCGACAUAUCUCGGGCUCCGUCAGGGCCUCCUGCGGCGACGACGACGAGGUGCGCGACGAGGAGCUGAAGAACGUGUCGCUGCGCUCGGACGAUCAUCACGAGGUCAUGGAGGAGCGACGGCAUUAUGACGAAGUGGCCGAUGUGGCGAGCAAAUGGUCCUUGAGCACUGGGCCCUCGGGCUGUACCCUGCCCAUAGUUCCCAGCUUGGAGAGUUUGUCGUCGCCCAAGCAGCAGCGACCCAAGGAGUUUCGGGUUUUGGUGCCUCCCGGCAAACCGCAUGGCCUGAACCUCACCACGGAGGACGGACUCAUCUUGAAGAUCAAAGAAGUGGGCGAGGGCCGAAUCAAGGACUGGAACCUGCAGAAUCCGUCUCUGCAAGUGAAAAAGUCGGACCACAUUGUCCAAGUGAAUUUGGUGAACUUUGGCGCCGAUGCCAUGAGAGCAGAAAUCUCCAAGGAGGAGAAGGCCUUGGACCUCACGGUGCGCAGCCGUGAUCACCGGCGUCCCAGCUCCAAGGCAUCUGCCACUCCACAAAGCAUGAGCGAAGCCAGUCCUGUGGCCUUACUGGGCCGUGUUGGCAAGGAUGUUCCUGGUACCGACUCCAGUCUCAUGCAGGAGACAGCAUCAGGUGAAAAGCUCGAGGUCGUCGUGGAGGUUCAACAUCUGGAGAGUAGUAGAAGCAUCGACACCAAGCAACCUCGCGCCUUGAGGAAUCGCAGUUUCGCAUCGAUCUACGGCAACUUGCAGCGCGUGGCGCAUGAGCAGCAGCCACCCGGCUUCUGCAGGCAGCUGCAAGUUUUGAUGAAGCGCAGCUUUAUCCAAUGGUGGCGUGGUAGCUGGCAGAGAGCCAUUUUCCUGGGCGUCAUCACGGGGUCAUCCACCAUCAUGGCGACCAUGGAUACCUUCGUAGUGAGGGAAGCCGAAUGGCAGGCCUUGCCCAUUCUGAAUCUCCACACCACCCUGGCGCUUUUGAUCGCCGUCUUCUCGCUGAACCUCUUUAGCACAGAUCGCCCGGUCUUCUGGCGCGAGCGCGAGAGCGGGCUGAGCGUCGCCGCAUUCUUCGUGGCCAAAGUGGUCGUCAACUCCAUCGAUCUGGUGCUGCAGUGCUUCCUCUUGACCUCGGUCUAUUUCCUGAUCCGUCAGCCCGUGGUCAGUUUCCUGGUCUUCUUCCCACCAUUUCUGUUGGUCACGGCAGCCGCCAGCGGCCUGGGCUAUAUGAUCUCCACGACCUUCCCACCGAAGCACGGGCCGUUCAUCACGGCCAUCGUGAUCUUCGUCAGCUGCGGCUUGCUGGGCCAUCCGCUGCGUGUGGAGACCAUGGCGGACGGCAAGACCUUGGAAGUGGUCUUGGACACCCUCUCCAUCACACGAUGGACAGUGGGUUACUACUACCUCAACUUUUUGGCGGACACUGAUCUUUCCAUCUUCAGUUCAGACCCGGAGGCCAUGGAGCUCAUCGCGGGCAUUGAGAACAUCUACACCAGCCCUUCGCUAGUGCCCAACACGAUGCUGGGCGUCUCUGCUGCCAUCAUCUUCUGCAUCUCGAUGGGCUUGGUUUGGCAUUUCGUGGCCUUCCUCCGGUUGAUGUUCUCCAACCGAAACCGCGGACAUCGCCGCGCUGCUCCAUGGAAGCAACGCCUCUAUCGCAUUCAAGGUUGCAUGGCGGAUAUCUCCUUUCGAGUGCUCGGAGAGGAGCGUCAGGCACGGCUCAUCGGUGCGUACCAUCGCUACGCCCCGUGGGAACGGCAGGCGUAAUGACUUCGAGACAUCUCGGAAACGCGAUGGCACUGGAUCCAACUGACGAAAAAUGGCGAUCUGGAUCUGGUGGAAUCAUC